AUGUAUAUUCAAGAAAUUCUAACAAAAGAAGCUUUGAAAGAGUGCAGCUAUUGUAAAGAGAAAGAAGAGCGAAUAAAAAAAUAUUAUGAAGAAACGGAGAAAGAGAAGGUUGAGCAAUGUCUAAGAGCGUUAGAAAGGGAAAAAAUAGCAAGAGGCAUAUUCGGCACCAGGGAAGAUGAAAUACGUCUCAGAGAGAUGCAGAAACUACAAAUGAUAGAAAAACAAAGCAUCGAACAAGAAAACGAAAAUAUAGAAGGCAUGUGGCAUCAGAUUUUGCUGAACGAUGUCCGGAGAAAACAAGAAUUAGAAAGGAGGGAAGCAAAAAGAAGACACGUGGAGAUGCUUGAUAGGCGGAAGGCGUACGAUGAACAAAUAGCAAGUGCUAAUAGAAGAAGGCAAGAAUUAUUACAAGAAGAGAGGGAAAAGGAAAGAAGAAGACUGGAAAAAAUGCGGGAGAAGAUGGAACGAGAUCAUUAUGAAGAAAUAAAGAAGAAAAGGGAACAGCAGUUAAUGAACAAACACAACUUUAUUGAGGGGCAUAAAUUGAAAACACUGAAGAAGAUUGAAGACAGAGCUGCGGAGAGAGAAAUCGACAACAACACUAUAAGAACUGCUAUGCAAGAGUUAAAGGAGGAGAAACUUAGAAAAAAGCAAGAAAUGUUAAAGUGGCGAAGGGAGGAAGAAAUAUUCACAGAGAACUUUAACCGUGAGAGAAAAAUAGCUGAAGAAUUGGACGUAGAAGGAGACAGAGUUGUACAAGAAUGGAAACAGCAGGAAGAGCAAAAAGCAGACGAGUUUCUUAGACAAGUUGAGAAUGAGAAAAACGAUAAUAAAAACAAAGCCGUGCAAGAUUACCAAAGACACCUACAAAAACUGAAAGAGAACAUGAUCAAGGAGAGAAUUGAGCGAGCCGAGCGAAUGCAUCAAGUAUCGAGAACUGCUUACAAAGAAUUGCAAAGAAAAAUGGAGAGCGCCAACCAAGAGUUAAAGAAACAGAUGGACUUUAGGGAUACACUAUACAAACAGAUUCAGGACAAUCAGAAGUUAUUGGAAAGCAAUAUUAUCGAGACCGAGAGUAAGGAUUGGCCGUUCACCAGAAAAUCGGAAAUGUUUAGUGACGUCAUGCUGAACAGAUACAAACAAACUUCUGCUAGAAAAAGCACAAAUCCGGUCCACCCUUUCAAAAGAAUGAUAGAAGCUGAAGAAAUUAAGAGCACAGUCCAUCUUCCUGUAAUAGGAACUAAAUACAAAUGA